UUUCCUCAGCAGGCCAGGUGGCGUCACCGUAGCGAGUGAUACCAUGGGGCGUUGCAGAGGGUUGGCUGCACCAUUCAGGCGACGGCACAGGGAAAGGCACCCAGCUCAGUGGCCGGGCAGGCGAAGCUGGCACAUGCAGCGCACGCAGGGGUGCUUAGACCCGGCGCCUAGAACACACCCACACACAGGAUUUGAAAUGUAAGACGAAGCCAGGACGAUGAUCAAUCGGGAGCCUCUUGGGGCACUCUUUGAGCCUCCUGGGAGACUCCUGGGGGCCUCCCAGGAGCAGCAACAGGAGGGAGGGCUCCAACGUGCCGAGAGGGCCCCCCAAAUCGCAUUUGCAACGCACGCGGCUCGCAUUAACCCUCGGGUCUCAGCCCCAAAGCCUCUUUGGGACGCGGAGCUCCCUUGGCUCGAGAGGUGCCAGCGGCCGCCACCGCAACCGCAACGGAUCAGGGCUCGGGCAGCUCGUCCGGCCCCGCCAGCGAGGCGGGUCCACGCGGGCUGUGGCGGUUGCUCCAGCAGUACGGCCUGCACCGCGCUCCUCCAGCGCGCGCGCCCCUCCUCGGCGCCGCCCGCGGCGCCGCCGCCCUCGAGCCCGUCCGCGGGCGAGGCCCGCGAGCCCGCGGCGGUGGAGGCCGAGGGCGCCGCCCCGCCGCUGGUGCCCG